AAUAUUUAUUUCGGCUUUAAGUCCUGAUUCGCUACAAUUAUAGCUAAACGUCUAAAGUUAAAGGCGUAUAAAAAGUGUAUAAGUGCACCAAUGGAAUGCGAAAACGACAAAAUUUUACAAAUGACAUCGAUGUUUUUUAAAUGGCUUUAGCUGAAAGCAUUCAAAUUACUUCUGUGUCGGUGGCUCCCUUUAAAGGAAUGGAAAACAGUACAUCAUCUCAGAGGUCAAAUCACGUGAGCUCCGUUUUGCUGUACGGAGUGCCGAUUGUAUCACUGUUCAUCGAAGGCCAGGAGCGCCUCUGCUUGGCGCAAAUCUCAAAUACUUUACUAAAGCAGUUCAGUUACAACGAGAUACACAACAGAAGGGUUGCGCUUGGCAUUACUUGUGUACAAUGUACUCCCGUCCAGCUGGAAAUAUUAAGAAGAGCUGGCGCCAUGCCAGUGAGUUCACGCCGAUGCGGAAUGAUAACCCGAAGGGAAGCGGAGCGACUCUGCAAGAGUUUUCUGGGCGACAACACACCUCCGCGACUACCUGACGACUUCGCCUUCAACGUCCAGCACAAAUGUGCUUGGGGCUGCCGCGGAUCCUUUUUACCUUCUCGCUACAACUCGUCCAGGGCCAAAUGCAUCAAGUGCUCAUAUUGUGGGAUGUUUUUUUCGCCAAAUAAGUUCAUUUUUCACUCACACCGCAUAACGACCAAUGACAGGUAUGUUCAGCCCGAUGCGGCAAACUUCAAUUCCUGGCGUCGGCACAUGACUCUGAGCGGGAAUGCAUACGACGAGAAAAUAAUCCACGCGUGGGAAGAUGUCAAGGCCAUGUUCAAUGGCGGCACACGGAAGCGGCUAGUAAGCAGCAGCAUUAAUAAUCGAAACAUAGGCUCGCCAACGCCAUCGGCGGCCGUCAGUUCCUGUGGAUCCCCAACGAGUCUAGAGAGAGACGCCAAGGAAGGCGAGGGGGACUCGGAGUCCCCGGAGUACCCUCAACGGCAGCUUGAUAGCCAGUACAACUAUAGUACUGUAGCCACAGCCGCCGCUGUGGUUGGCGUGACGGCGGUAGCAGCCGCAACUGUCGGUGUUCCUUUCAACUUGCAUGGCUCUACCGUCCUGUCACCUUUGCACUCGCUUCGGAACGAACGGGACCUUUCCCUAAUGCCAAUUUCCAGAAACUUUGUAGUGGACUACAUGUGGCAGCAGAAGGAUCAACACUACCAGCAUCAGUAUUCAAAGAAACUCAGUGGCGGUGAACCAAGCGAACAAAGCCUGGACUUCGAGUCCUGCUCCCGAGCAUGGGUUAGACCAGACACGAAUGUUCCAAUACCGACUGGAAAUUCAGUUCGACUUUCGGAUAAUACUUCUUUUAAUAUAAAAAACGAGUCGCACUCAUCUAUAUGUGGCAUUAUCAAAAACCGUAAGCUAUCUGCAGCUACGAACAGUGGGCUAAGCCUCUCCGAUUAUAACAUUCCUUCGAUUCUUAACUGCUCUGCAUUUAAACCAGUCGUCGCUUCGACAGCAAUUGUGUCAACCUCCCUAUAUACGAGAUCCAGUGACUCAAAACGAGCUGAUUAUAUUCACCCAACACAAUCUACAAGAACUACAACAGUUUUAACCCAUAACAGUAUUUCAGGUUCGUCGCACCAGAUAGUAGGUCAUGAGACCUUUUCGCCAAUUUUAGAGAAAGUUGCAUCUAAUAUGGAAAAAAAGCCAACUGAAUCUGUUUUAGUCAACAGUGUACCCAGGAGUGUUAUUGAUAACGACGAUGAUGACGAAGUUGUGGAUAUCGAGACAACGGAAGAUGAAGGUAAAUUCAUAGUUCAACACGUUGACUCCCCUCGUACGCCACCCGACAUUGUGUUUGAAAGCGAAAGUACCAGCAUUUCUCCGUCAACAAGUACAAAUAUUGAUGUAGAAGCAGACGUCGAUGUAGAUGUCAUUUCAACAGACGCUGAAGAUCAACUAGAGUUCAAUGCCAGUAGAUGCUCAAUCGAAAAUACAAGUCACACUCUAUCAGUUUUUCAAACUGAAAAAAUACGAAUGUCUGGUUCAUCUCCGAAUUCAAAAACCAUGUUAGGCGAUAAUGAAGUAACAAUUUCGGAGGACGCGAAAGGAUUUAAUGCUCAUUUAAAAAUUAUAACUCGUCGCAAAAAUGAUAAAAUGCAGCAGGAUCGAAGUCUUUCCAAAAAGACAGCCUCAAAACUGGUUGGCGAUAAAUCGCUUUCCAAGUCUUUAGCUGCUAAAGAAGUAUCUUCAAACUUGCAAAUACAGCAGCGUGUUGCCUUCCCAGUAUUUUUAAAGUCACACUUGCAUGCUUUUCGUCCACAACCAUCUCGGCAACCGACCUUCAGCCCUAACACUCUGACAGAGUCCAACAAAUGGAAUUAUCCAGUCGGUAGCAUUGGACCUUUAUGUUGUUAUGAAACUUCCGCAAAUGACAAAUGUCUAGAUUUUAAGUAACUUUAUAUAAAACCAUGAA